GAUCGACGUUGCUGGAGUUUUGCGGUGUAAACGGAACGAGGGAAAUACAGAAAAACGAUAUUAUCUCAAUAGCUAUACAUUUAAAGAAUGGCUAGAGAAUAUGACCAUUUAUUCAAGUUACUGAUUAUAGGCGAUAGUGGUGUUGGAAAAAGUAGUCUCCUUCUACGAUUCGCUGAUAACACAUUUUCAGGAACCUACAUUACAACAAUUGGUGUUGAUUUUAAAAUUAGAACGAUUGAUGUAAACAAUGAGAAAGUUAAGCUUCAAAUCUGGGACACAGCAGGUCAAGAACGAUUCCGAACAAUAACUUCCACGUAUUACAGAGGAACACAUGGGGUCAUAGUGGUGUAUGAUGUCACAACUGCAGACUCUUUUGUAAAUGUCAAACGAUGGUUACAUGAAAUAGACCAGAACUGUGAUGUUGUUAGUAGAAUUUUAGUAGGAAACAAGAAUGACUGUCCAGAAAAAAAAGUUGUAGAGUCUACGGAUGCAGAGAAGUUUGCAGAACAAAUGGGUAUACAACUAUAUGAAACAAGUGCAAAGGAGAACGUCAAUGUAGAAGAAAUGUUUAAUGCCAUAACUGAAUUAGUUCUACAACAGAAGAAAGACAAUGCUGCCAAAUUAGGGGCUCAGGAUACCAACACGAAAAUAAAAUUGUCAAAAAGUGAAAACAAGAAGGGGACCAAGAAGGGGUGCUGCAAAUGAUUCAGUGGUUUUCACACGAUA